UGGUCAACUAAGGAUGGACUAAGGAAACUGCUAUUCUUCUGAGUUGUUUUUUCUUUGGAGGACUGGGAAACAGUGCAGUCCUUUGUGGUGCUGACAGUGCAAGCCAUGGAUUUAUGAAUGACUAUGCCUAGGGAUGGAACAAUACUAUUAUCCUGAGGGACUGAUUUUCAUACAGAAGGGAGGGUGCCUGAGUAUAGAAGGGAGAGUCCAAUGAAGGAGGGGAGUAUUUACCCCGCCGUCCUAAUGGGGCAUGGUACAGAGAGAGCCGAAGCAGACACGUCCCAGAGCACACCCACUGGACAUCUAUGUGGGACCACUAACUCAUGCUAAGAAAACUGAAGGAGAGAGGAAAAGGCCUAGCCACUCGUCUGUUUACCCUCCACGGAGAGCAGCAUAUUUCACUCAGGGAGGACCAAAGAGAGACCCGUGAACUUCACUGCAGCUGGCAUGAGAAAGAGAGAGGAGGGACUGGCAGACUUGUUAUGAAUUAUCUUCUGGUGCCGGAAGGAGGAAUCACAAGAAAAUAGUGAAGGGUUGAAAAAAUCAAGUGAUAAUCUAAAGACAUGUGGUACCCAGAACUGCUACUUCCUAUUUUGCUGAUUAUAAAAGACGCCAGUGCCCAGUGGAAUGUAUGGAUGCCACGGGACAUCUCAGCCAUGACUAACUCAUGCGUGGUCAUCCCUUGCACCUUCAUGUAUCCAUCAAACAUUCGUCCCUCACGUGGUGUGCAUGGUAUCUGGUACUUCGGCCAGCCUUACCCACAGUUCUUUCCCCCUGUGGUCUUCAAAUCACGCACCGACAUAGUGAAUGAGAGCUACAAGGGCCGCACAAAGCUUUUAGGUGACCUGAAUCAGAGGAACUGCACCCUGCGCAUCAGCAAUGUUGGCGCUGAACAUUCUGGGAGGUACUACUUCCGGGCAGACCUAGGGGGUGCCAACAUCUUUACCUACCCCGACUUCUCCGAGCUCAAGGUGUUGGACCAACCCAAUAUUGACAUCCCUGAAGAGAUUGUUAGCAAUGAGAACUUGGAUCUAACAUGCUAUGCCCCAGACAACUGCCCCGACAUGAGCCCCGAGAUCAGCUGGCUUUACACAGACUACCUGCUGGAUGCUGAAUUCAGCUCCGACUAUGUUGAGGAGGGAAACACAGCAGUGCUGUCCAGCACGCUUAGCUUCACCCCCAAGCCCAUUCACAAUGGCAUGCUGCUGGGCUGCCGGGUCCAUUUCCCCAACACUAGCUUCAUCUAUGAACGACUCGUCUCCCUCGAUAUCAAAUACUCUCCUCGCUCUGUCUGGGUGAACGUGUCCCGGGAGGUGAUGGAGGGCAGCUCGGUGUCACUUUACUGUGAGGUGGACAGCAACCCUCCUCCCCGCAUCUCCUGGAUGUUUGGUGAUGAGGAGCUGCUCUGGGAUACGGCCUUGAAUGUCUCCCUUCAGCUGGAGCAGGUGGGCUCCCUUCAGGAUGGAGUCUACACCUGCAUUGCUGACAAUGGAUAUGGCACCAUGAACAGCUCCAUGUACCUUGCUGUCAAGUACCCCCCACGGGAGCCCUGGGUGAAUAGCUCCAUCACUGUGCAGGAGGGCUCUACGCUGGUCCUGCACUGCAGCACCAAGGGAAACCCCCCACCCACACUCACCUGGCUGAAGGACGGUGUCUUGGUGGGCACCAUCACAGCAGAGGAGGUGUCUGUACUGGAGCUGGUGGAGCUGACCCCCCAAGCGGAUGGCAUGUACCGCUGCCUGGCCGAAAAUGAACACGGCCGAUCCAGCAGCUCGCUUAACGUCACCGUCGAGUUCGCCCCAGUGUUCCUGGAAGAGUCCAAAUGCACGGUGGUGCGUGAGGGCGUCCAGUGCGUGUGCGUGGCCUUAGGGAACCCCGAGCCUAUCAUUGAGUUCCACCUCCCUGAUCUCAACAUCACCGUAAAUGACACGGAGAGCCGGUUCAAUUACUACACCCACACGGAUGGAUACACGGCUACGGGCAUGAUAAAGCUGCGGGAGAAGAGCAAUAACGGGGGAAACGGAGGCGGGCCAGUCAAUGUGCACUGCCGCGUCAGUAAUGCAUAUGGCUCAGAGAUGGUGCGCCUGGAACUCCAGCAGGAAAAGAAGUAUAUGAUGGCUGUGGUGGUUGGCACCAUCGGCGGAGUGGCUGUCAUCGCAUUCAUCAUUGCAGCAGUCAGAUAUGUGGGACGCAACAAUAAAAAGGAGAAUGGCAACCCUGGGCAGGACCUGGUAUCUAAACUGGAGAAUCCUUCAUUGUUCUACAGCGCAGUCAAGAAGGACAAACAAAAUCUGAGGAAGAAAGUGCUAAAGACUGAGCUUUUGGGCUCAAAGUUUAACUCGAUCCUUGAGGAAACCUCUACGGGAGACGAUGGAGAUUACCAGCCGGUGGCUUCCAUGGCAGAGUUGGAGAAGCAAGAGCUGAACUAUGCUGCCCUGGAAUUCAUUGGGGGACGGUCUCGAAAUGGGGCAUCUGUGCAGGGGGACGACGGCAGUGACUACACUGAGAUCAAGGCCAAAUGAAUCGCACUGCUUCCCUGAUGCCCCAGCUACGCGAGAUGCACAACAGGUGCUCGUCACCUGCAUUUCUCAGCACACUUCCCUCUCUUACUCUCCUUCAGUAGCCACAUUCUCUUUUUUUGUUUCCCAUUUUUUUGUUACACUAACUUAGCAGUUUCCCCAAACCCAGCCAGCCCCUGCUGGCUGCAGUAUAGUGAUUAGCUCUGCCACAGUCCUCUGAGAUGGCUGUUUCAUGCUGUAUUGGAGAAUGACACUUUGAAUGAAGUUAAAGCUUCAGUUCUUGCCAUUCUGAGCUCCCAACUCCCCUUCUCUCUGCGACAUAUGCUCCUCCUGCAGUCUGCUUUUUGCCACUUUUGGUUCUAGAGUUUGUGACAAACUGACCCUCUUUCACGGUUUAGUUUCCAUAAACUUUUAUUUGCUGUGGCUAUCUCUGUCCUUCUUGCUCUCUCAAUCUUCUUAUCCUAAUAUCAGCUUCAACUUGCCUUGUCCUCUCCAACCUGAAAUGUCAGGGAAUAGGAAUUGUAAACAUGCUUUGGCAUCUCCACCUUCAUCUCAAGUUCAGAAGAGACGACCUCCUCAUCUCCUAGACCAAUGUGAUUCUCAAACAUCACAUAUCAAUGAUGCCUGUUUUUCAUUGCAUUCUAUCCAUCUAUUAACUUCAUAGGAUUUCAGGCGUGUAUGUAAUCUACUUUGAAAUGGUGAAUGGAAAUGAAAAUUUGUUUUUAUUAAAAAAAUAUGGAUUGUAAGUUUAGGCAGUAGACUGGGGAAAUGCAGAAAACGAUUUUGGAGUUUUGAGGUGGUAAGAGAACCCUUUGCAGUUUCAUGUGUUUGAUAAGUGGUCCAAUGUGUCUAUCAUGGUUGUGUUUGCCUCUGUCACCCCAUGCAUACGAUGUUCCAAUUCAUGAGACAUUUCAGUUUUUGAAUUCAUCUGAUUUGUUUCCUUCAGUGUUUACCCCAUAAUAUUAUUGUCUGGCAGUUUUUUUAUUUAUUUAUUUUUUUUUUAUAGCAAAGUUUAAAUUAUUUACAUUCAUGGCAAAAGAACCCAGUUUGUUCUGGGUCAGUCUGUCAGCCUUAUGUAGUGUCUACCAAACAAAAAAGUAUACUUCACUGAGAGUUUGCGUGUGAAUCAAACCAAUCGUGUAAAGUAUAUUGUUAUAUCCUUUCCUGAAUAUGCUUCUAAAAAUGUAUUCUGAAAUUGUUCUUAAGCAUGUAAUUAAUAACCCUGUUAUAAAGAUUGUCUUGUUAUAAUGAUGUAAAAGAUUAUAAAUAAUCCCAGAGUGACACACAGUAUGCUAAGCGACUAAAUCCACAAUGUUACUCAAUACAUCUGAAUAAAUAAUUUUCAAAAAGGAAUAUUUUACCCAUAUGUGAUUAAACUUGUAUUUGACAGCUCACAAUAAACAUGAGUAACUAA